UCCAGCAACACGGACCGAGGGAAAGCUUCCGCACUCACUUGGUCAGUGAGAGAAACACAGAAUCAUCACCAGGUUGUUGUUCGAAAUUCACAGUGAUGUGAUUGGGGGAGCAGUUGUCCCAAGUGGAUCAAUGUGCAGGUAGAUGAGCAUUUGUUCGUCUUUGUGCUACAAAGGACCACUCAUUGGGCCGUCUGAGUGAAGCUCCCAAGUCCCAACCAGUCAUGGCAGAACCACUAGACCCAGCUGACCAUCUCCAACAAGAAGAAGCAGCAGGUAUCAAGGGAGAGGACAAUCAGUCUACUGUGAAGAUUACGCAGCAGCAACAUUGUUUAGAUAGCGAUGAGCCUGACGAGAGGACGGUACCUCUGACUGAUGGGUGGAGUCAAGGUGAGUUGUUGAACGAGCUGUAUGUGGAGAAGGGCACCAUCCCUCCAACUGACCUCGCUGGGCAUGGUGAUGACAAUAAUGAUUGCAAAGGAGCACAGAGAGAUGAGGAACCAACAAUGAAAGAAGAGUUUGCUGCUGGGGUGGACCAACUGGGGGAUGAGGAGGCACCGGAGCACACCACACCAGCAACAGAUGGCGACACAAACCAUGAUCAUGCAGACGAUCCCAUAGAAAGGCUCCAGGAAGACCUUCUGUUCCUUAAUGACACAACUAAUGAUGAUCAAAAAGAAUCCAGAAUUUGGAAUCCCGAGGAAGAAGAGACCACACAGGUGCCACGGAAAGCCUCAAUGGAGGAGAUGAUGGAUGAUCGGAGUACGGAGGUGGAGGCCAUUGGCCCGACCACUCAGGAAACAACUGAUUUAGAAGUUACUGGACAACCCGGAGUAAAAAGAUACCUGAUCGGCAUCGGCAUACUGUUGGCCCUCGUCGCCAUGGUAGUGCAGCAUGUCCUCAGCCCCGAGCCCCCGCCUCCGAGCGUCACCUUUCUCAGGAAGCUGGAAAAAGUCGAGUCUCGCUUCCCUCGCCAGCGUCCCGAGCUGUGGAACCGGAGCCGGAUCCACCUGAAGAGGCACCUCCUGACCCAACGUCCCAGCCAGCCCGUCAGUCUGAUCCUGACGGCGGGCGUCGCGGGCCGCCAGACGCUCCGCUGUUUGGCCCGCGACCUGGCCUCCGCCUUCUCCUCCUCGCUGAACGGCUCCGUGCUGCACAUAGAUGGCGCCAGCAGAGCCGGAGAGGACAGCGACCAGGUGAAGCUGGACAUCGACGGCCAGCUGCAGUGGGCCUUUGAAGGAGACAAACCCGUGGCGGUGAUUCACCGCUUCGAGCAGCUGCCACCGGGCUCCACCCUCAUUUUCUACCGCUACUGUGAUCACGAGAACGCGGCGUACAAGAAGACGUUCCUCAUCUUCACAGUCCUACUGGAGGAAGAGGAGGAUAUCCCUGCCGGGACUUCUUUGAGCGCCGUGGAAGAGAUGGUAGACGACCACCUCCAGAGGAAGUUCCUCUCGCACAGUCGUCCCCUGGCCUUCGACAGGAUGGACCUGGACAAGUACAGCGGACUGUGGAGCCGCAUUUCUCACCUCAUCCUUCCUGUUGCUGCGGAAGCGUGGACGGCGCACGAAAGCUGCUGGUGAACACUCUAAUUAUCUUUGGCCGCAUCUUUGAGGUUGUUGGUUGGUGGCCAUAUUGACAGGUUUGCUGAACACGUGGUGACACUUGAAGGACUGUGAUUAACUCCCAUGGAAGUCAGUUGAGCGCAGCAUCACCAGGGCCAACCAAUCUGUAUUUUAGUACGGUGCCAAAUUGUACACCCUCAUAGAUAGACACCUCUUCCAUAUUAACAUCCAUGCAUCAUUUCCUGUGAAAUGAAGGACAAUUAUUAUUUUUUUAAAUCAAUGUUUUAAAUUUCCAAUUUAAAUUUUUUCAAAACAGAUUUUUUUUCCCCAUGUUCAUGAAAAUAAGUUCAGUAGGUUUUUGAAACAGCACUGAUUCAUGAAGACUAAACGGUGGUGGAUGUGGGCUUAAGUGUAGACAUUUACUUGUGUACAAUAUGAAAAGAACCUUGUAAGAUAAAAAUGACUUGUAAUUUAAGCAGUGUUCUUCGAUGCACAAUGAUGUCAAAAAGAAGUCUUAUAGUACAAAUUGAGAAAUUUUAAUAUUCUAAUUAUUAUUUUUAAAUCACCACUAUUUAUAUUCAUAACAAAUGUAAACCUAAACCAAGAAAAGAAGCUCUGUGCAGGAUCACGACAGGAAAAUGAUUAUUUUAUUUAACCAAUAUGUGUUUUUUUUUAAUGAUUUUUUUUGUCCGCCAUCUUGUUUUUUUGCUGAUCACUUAUUACUUACAGCACAAUAAUACACAACACUAUUUUAAUAGAAUCUUUUCUGCAAUCGGCAAUCAUCCUCUGGCACCACACUGCGGUGUGCUUUUACCGAUCUUCCUCUGUCAUACUCCAGGAAGACAGUUCUGUUCUACUUCAUACUGUACAUGAGCCUUCAAUCAAAUAAAGAAAAUUCUCAGGCUUGUUAGCGUCAUUGCAGUGCACGCCAGUACCUAUAGAGUGCAGCAUUUAGCAAAGCCAGAGGUGAAAACCAAGGCUCAGCAAAUUUGUGCUCAAGGGCCACAAAGUUUUAUUAGAUGGAGCAGGUCAUAUGUUGAUGAGGUUAAAUGAAAAACAAAACUGUAAAGGUUUAUUGUACUAAAAUGUUUAAAAAUUCCUGCUCAUCUUGAAUACAUUAAAAAAAUGACUUUUUACAAAUAUAAAAUUUUAGUAUUUACAAUUAAUUAAACAUUUUCAUGAACCAAUUUUAGGAAGAAUCAAUGCAACAAAUAGUUUUUAGUAAUAAUUCAUGCUCUACAUAUUUUUGAAUUAAUAUAAAUAAUGAGCAAUCACACAUCUACAGAAUUGUUUACAAAUAUCUUAAUUUUACAACCCCAAUUCCAAUGAAUUUGGGACGUGUUAAACAAAAACAGAAUACAAUGAUUUGCAAAUCAUGUUCAAUCUAUAUUUAAUUGAAUACACUACAAAGACAAGAUAUUUAAUAUUCAAACUGAUAAACUAUUGUUUCUAGCAAAUGAGGAUAGGUGGCAAAAAAGACUGAGAUCCCUCAGGCGGCACUGCAUCAAAAACUGACAUCAGUGUAUAAAGGAUAUCACCACAUGGGCUCAGGAACACUUCAGAAAACCAAUGUCAGUAAAUACAAUUCGGCGCUACAUCCGUAAGGGCAACUUGAAACUCUACUAUGCAAAGCAAAAGCCAUCUAUCAACAAUACCCAGAAACGCCGCCGAGCUCAUCUAAGAUAGACUGAUGAAAAGUGGAAAAGGGUUCUGUGGUCCGACGAGUCCACAUUUCAAAUUUCUUUGGGAAAUUGUGGACAUCGUGUCCUCCGGGCCAAAGAGGAAAAGAACCAUCCAGACUGUUAUGGAUGCAAAGUUGAAAAGCCAGCAUCUGUGAUGGUAUGGGGCUGUGUUAGUGCCAAUGGCAUGGGUAACUUACACAUCUGUGAAGGCACCAUUAAUGCUGAAAGGUACAUACAGGUUUUGGAGAAAUGCUGCCAUCCAAGCAACUUCUUUUUCAUGGACGCCGCUGCUUAUUUCAGCAAGAUAAUGCCAAACCAUAUUCUGCACAUUUUGCAACAUGGUGGCUUCGUCGUAAAAGAGUGCGUGUACGAGAUUGGCCUGCCUGCAGUCCAGACCUGUCUCCCUUUGAAAAUGUGUGGCGCAUUAUGAAGCGUAAAAUACGACAACGGAAACCCCGAAAUGUUGAACAGCUGAAGCUGUACAUCAAGCAAGAAUGGGAAAGAAUUCCACGUACAAAGCUUCAACAAUUAGUGUCCUCAGUUCCCAAACGGUUAUUGAAUGUUGUUAAAAGAAAAGGCGAUGUAACACAGUGGUAAA